AAAUGUAUCGCCUAUGCAGCAAAAUGCGAUGAAUCAUUGUUGUCUGACAUUUGUCGGCUGUUCAUAAAAUGUCAUAGAAAUUAAUCGCAGCAAACAUUACCACGCGCCGAAAAGGGAAUUGCGUGCAAAUUAGAGAUAAUCGAUUUAGGUAAUCUGAUUUAAACGAAGCAGAUUCAGUGCGAAUCGUAUCAAAAUGGUUCAAAAAUCUUCGGGAUUCGUCGGAUUCUUCAAAAAUAUAUACUACGAUGAGUAUAAAUGGGCUCUUGUGAAAAGCGCGUCACUGUUCAUCGUUGGUGUGCGAUUUGCUCAGGAAUGCGUCGGCCUGGAAUUAAUGCCAUCAGUGGCCCAUUAGAGGACGACAAUUGAACAUUAGUGUAACAAUACUUUAACAAUAAAUCCUUGUUGUAUAAUGGCGUA